GAUCUACGGAACUGCCUCAUUUCUACAAGGCGCAGAAAGGUUAUGUCCAUACCCUACCAUGGAUGUAGAACCUCGGUCUCGGGCACCAAUAACCCCAUCUAGCAACACACGGCUAACUGGGAUUCCCCCGCCCUGAGCAGAUCUAUCUCAAGUCUCACUUAUUUAUGCGAUUAACAGUCCCUUCCUAUGCACAGAUUUACUAAGACCGGAUAAGAAUCCAUCCCAUGCCACCCCUACAUCUCUCGGCAUCUCCGAGUCUACCACUUGACAUCCUAUAUCAAAAUCAUAUCACGUUCUGGGGCUUUCUCUUCCCUCUAAUAUCAUCACUGUACCAUUCGCCCUAUCAGGUGGCCGGUUGGUCUUGGCCCUACGUGACGAGUUUGGUUUGAGUUUUAAGGACUUCCAGCAAACCUGAGAUCCGGGGGGCUAUAUUUCCGAAGACCUAUACCCACUAUAAGUAGGUUCGAUGGAAGGAAAGGGGGUGCAUGAUGUUAUUGUCUGCGGUUGUCUGGCUAGUGCUCGCAAUGUUUCACGAUAGGGUAUAGUCUAUGGUUUCCAUGGCUACUGUGACGGAAUUUUUCGCGGCUACUGUCGCUCAGGUCGGGAAUUGCUCGUCGGAUAUUAUUCCCUAUUCUUCUAUACCUGGGGGGCAGGUACUGGACCUUUCGGCCGCCCCGGACGAUGCCGUCCACGCUACAGUCUGGCUGCCCUUCCGUAACUGGAACAACCGACUGCAAGGCUCCGGCGGAGUCGGAUACGCCAUGAGAUCCGAAGAUCCCGUACUCGCGGCGGCCGUGGCCCAGAACUACACGGUCAUAGCCACAGACGGCGACCACGAUCUGAACCGCUGGAGCUCCAAAUCACGGUCCUUAGAUGCAUCGGGGAACGUAAACACCGCGUUACUGGAGGAUUUCGCCUAUGUUGCUCUUGGCGACGCCGCGACCAUCGGCAAACAGAUCGCUGCCAGCUUCUACGGCCGGGCUCCGCAGUACUCAUACCGGAGUGGGUGCUCCACGGGUGGCAGGCAGGGUCUGAUGCUAGCGCAGCGAUACCCAACCGCCUACAAUGGGAUCAUGGCCGCCGCGCCGGCGAUCAAUUGGCCUGGUUUCCUGGUCGCGGAGUUCUGGCCGCAGUUUGUCAUGGCUCAGCUUCAGGCUUUUCCUCCGGCUUGUGACUUGGAUGCUAUUACUGCUGCUACAAUUAGGGCGUGCGAUGAUAUUGACGGGGUCGUGGAUGGGGUGAUUUCUGCGCCGGAUUUGUGUGGUUUCGAUCCGCGUACUUUGGUAGGAACUCGGCUCAAUUGCAGCAGAGUCGGGGUAGAGAUCACCCGGAAUAAUCCUCUGGUGUCGAGCCUUACUCGCAAUAUAUACUCGACGUCGUUAAACUGUACCGGUGUGCCGUUUGCUAUCUCCGCUGAUUGGAUCAGUCAAAUUGUCUUGCAAGACCCGUCUUUUGACUUCACCACGUUAGACCACAAAGCCCUUGAGGAGAUAUUUACACGUUCAAAGGAUACCUACAACAAAGUGAUAGGCACGGAGCAAUACUAUAAGCUGGUAGAAGAGAAGGAUCCAUCUGUGCGUGACUUCUAUCGCUUUUUCGAAGCCCCAGGGGUUUAUCAUUGUCGUGGUGGGGCAGGGCCUGUUCCUAUCGGUCCGUUGGGGCAAAUGGUGGACUGGGUCGAAAAUCGUAUUGCUCCUGAGACCGGUGAUGCUCUGGCUGCCGAUGGGCGAAGGAGAGGAUUAUGUCCUUAUACGCUUGUUUCGGUGUACAGGGGUGGCGAUGUCAAGGAUGCUACAAGUUAUCAAUGUGAAGAGAUGUUUUGA